AGAUAGUAUGAUCGGGAAGGGAAGAACGUUUUGGCUCGUUUUGCUGCUUAGGAGAGGAAAGGUAUUGGCCAGGUUUUUGGACGCACGGUUCUUGCUUUCGGUUUUUGCUUUCGAUUAUUGCCUGUUGGCUUGGUUUCGGCUUUAGCUUCGAGAACAGGGGGCAGGUGGUUCUCGGCCAUUUCUUUGAUAGAAGAUGGAAGAGAUCGCUAACAAAUACAAGGACAUGGUGAUUGGGGAUCAGGAAGAGGAAUUGGUCUUUGAGGAGGAGGCUCUCGAAGGGGAGGAUGGCUUGGGCAAGCAAGAACUGUAUCCGGUGGUAGGGACUGUGAUAACCAACAAGAUGGUGAAUUUUUCGGCACUUCGCAAUCUUAUGGCCUCACUUUGGAUGCCUGGUAAGGGUAUCUCCAUUAAAGCAAUCGACGAAAAAAGGUAUAUGUUUACUUUUUAUCAUCCUAUAGACAUGAAACGUGUACUUGAAGAUGGACCGUGGAUUUUUGAACAGAAUUUGCUAGUUCUUCGGGCGUUGCAGCCCGGGGAUGUCCCACUCAGUGUUCCUCUAAAUGAGGCCAAAUUCUGGGUUCAGGUCCAUGAUAUUCCUUAUGAUUUUAUGAAUCUGAGUGUGGCUAGGAGAAUUGGAAAUUUUGUUGGAACUUUUGUUAACUGGGAAAAACCCUGGUAUGAUAAAAAGUGGAAGCCGUAUAUGAGAGUUAGGGCUUGCUUGGAUGUGGGCAAACCUAUGAAGAUUGGGACCACACUCAGGAAGGGGCGGGGUGAAGGAUACUGGGUGGAUUUUAAAUAUGAGAAGCUGCCUAGUUUCUGCUUUUCUUGUGGUAUUAUAGGGCACUCUGACAGGUUUUGUCCUUUAGUGUAUGAGAAGGAUGGUACGGAUACUAUCAGGCCGUAUGGGAUCCAUCUACGAGCAGGAGGGGGAGGGAAGGCACGACAGGAGAGAGGAAACAAAUGGAUCAUCUCAGACGGACCGGAGGAGGAAAGCAGGGCAGCCCGCGAGGAGGGGGGCAGUUCGGGACCGGGCAGGAAAAAUUGGGGCAUAGCUUCAGUAAGUGCCUCAAAGGGCGGAGGAGGGAACACGGAUGCAACAGCUAUGGAGGACAAGAGUGGAGAGCCAAAGCGCAGAAGGACAUGGGAAGAAUCUGGCGUAGCAGGAGAAGGAGGCGAGACUAUGGUGCUGGACCCAAAAAACGGGGAGGGGGCGGGUUUAGAUGCCUUGACCCGCCACAUUCCUUGAAGAAGGUUGCAGCCGGGAAGGGAUGCUGGUGCUCGUUCAUUUGCUUCAGACUACUUUACAAUUUCCACGUUUUGUUUAUCUUUGAGUUUACUUUAUUUUAUCCGUACGCUUUCCUUUCAAUUACUGUGAUCAUGUUAUUCCAGACUUUUACACUUGGCGGGGGUGAUGAGGUUUUUACUCUGGUCACGUUUGGCUCAUGUAGACCCAUGAUAGGAUCAGCGAAUCAUAUUGCUUUUUUUAAGGUGAUUGAUUCUCCAGCUGAUUCGAGGGUCGGUGGUCAGAAGUGCUUACUUUAUCAUUAUUGUCCCUUGCUGUGUGUUCUUUUAUCAAUAUAAGCCUCC